GCUUUGCCUAGUCUUCUUUAUUUUGCGAGAAUCAGACAGGACCAUUCCUCUCUGCACUCGCUAUCCGAGUCUUUCUUUCGUUUUUCCUGUUUCGAUAUUUGUUUCAUUCAGACACUCGUUUAUUGCUGAAUCGUCAUUCGUUUUCUUUUCGUGGUUCUCGAUACUCUAAUAAUUACACAAUCCGACUAAUAAUCUUUCGCUGACUCGACAACUACGACAAACACUCCCUCGAUAUCGACAUCAUAUUUCAAAUCUCCUAACUCAACCAACAUGGUUCAACUUCCAUUCGUGGCUCUAGCAGCCCUACUAAUUACCCCAUUCUCUUCUGCUGCUCUAACGCAGUGCCCAUCGAAAGAAGCAUCAUGGACAUCCAAGACCGGCGCCGAAUACACCAUUUGCCGCAACACCGACUAUCGAUACGGUGGAGGAAGUCUCAAGGUCGCCCGGGACAUUAAAUCUACCAAUGCCUGUGCCGAAAUCUGCAGCAAGGACCCCCGAUGCGUCAAGGCUGUAUACGAUAAGCGAAAUCGCAUCUGUCACGUCAAGGACAAUGCCAACGAGGCCCAGAUGAACUGGGCGUCAGACGCCAAGUUCGACACUAUCCGAGUUAAGAACGUCAACGAGGGAGUCUUCAUCUCGCGCUGCCCCAACCCAACCAACAACUACCGCUCCAAAGGCGGCAAGACUUUCAACGUCUGCCACAACAGCGACUACGUCGGCCCGACUACUCGAAUGACCAAGAACUGCGCCUCUCUUGCUGCGUGCGCUGACAUCUGCUCCGGUAUCAAGACAUGCAAGAAAGCCGUUUAUGACAAGCAGGAGAAGGUCUGCCACAUCAAGGAGACUGAGCCCAAGGCGUCGCUAUUUUGGGUGCAGAGCAAGCGAUACAGCGUUGUUCACGCCCCAGUCGAGUCUAAGCCCGCAACUCAAGGCAAAUGGUCUGAUCUCAUCCGUCUCCCUGUCAUUCCCGUUGCCGCCUAUGUUGUUCCUCAAUUCCCUCAAUCACAGCAGCUUCUCUUCUUCUCAUCUUGGGGUGCUGACGCCUUCGGUGGCGCCUCUGGCCGUACCCAGUUUGGAGUUCUCGAUCUUCCUUCAGGUGCCGUCGGACAGCGAGAGGUCGCCGAUACUCACCAUGAUAUGUUCUGCCCUGGAAUGAGUCAACUCGCUGAUGGACGCAUCUUGAUUCAGGGUGGUUCUGAUGCCGAGGCUGUGACACUCUACAACCCCAAGACCAACGCUUUCACCCGAGGACCUGACAUGAAGAUGCCUCGUGGCUAUCAGACUUCCACCAUCCUGUCUGAUGGAAGAGUUUUCACCAUUGGAGGAGCUUACUCCGGUCCCCGCCAGGGAAAGAAUGGUGAAGUGUAUGAUCCCAAGGCCAACAAGUGGACCAUGUUACCUGGAGCCGAUGUCAAGCCCAUGCUCACCAAGGAUCGAGAGGGUAUCUGGCGUGAGGAUAACCACGCUUGGCUCUUCGGUUGGAAAGAUGGCAGUGUCUUCCAAGCCGGCCCCAGCAAGGAACAGCAUUGGUAUGGCACGAAGCAAAAGGGAUCAAUCGUCAAGUCUGGUAAGAGAGAUAACGCUGAUGCUAUGUGCGGCAUCUUUGUCAUGUAUGAUGCCGUUGCUGGUAAGAUUCUGUCAGCUGGUGGUGCCCAGGACUACACCGCCAGCGAUGCCAACAAGCGUGCUCAUAUCACCACCAUUGGAGCACCUUACAAGCCUGCUUCCGUCAAGCGUGUUGCUGAUAUGGCCUUCCCUCGUGGCUUCGGUAAUGCUGUCGUUCUUCCUGAUGGAACUGUUCUUGUGACUGGAGGCCAACGAAAGGCGAUGGUCUUUACCAACACUGAAGGCAUCCUGGUUCCUGAGCUCUACAACCCUGCCACCAACAAGUGGACUCAGCUUGCACCUCACGCUGUUCCCCGCAACUACCACUCUGUUUCUAUCCUGUUGCCUGAUGCCACGGUGUUUAUCGGUGGUGGCGGCCUCUGCUACGUUGCCAAGAUUGGUGGUUCAACUGCUGGCUGCGACAAGACAGCUGACCAUGCCGAUGGAGAGAUCUUCCAGCCUCCUUACCUGUUCAACAAGGAUGGCUCCAUUGCUAAGCGUCCCAUCAUCCAGAACCUUGCCCAGAAGCCUGUUAAAGCGGGCAGCACCCUCAAGUUCAGCGUCACCAACACUUCUGGUAAGGUCAAGAUGUCUCUUGUUCGUAUGGGAAGUGCUACACACUCAGUCAACAGCGACCAGAGGCGUGUCCCUCUCACCGACUUCCAAGUCAAGGGCAACCAGUACACUGUCAAGCUACCCAAGGAUAACGGUGUCCUUCUCCCUGGCUAUUACUAUCUCUUUGUGAUGUCGCCGCAGGGUACUCCUAGCAUGUCAAAGACAGUUCAGAUCGCUUUGUAAUUAGCAAGUGGACUGUAGUAUUCUACUCUCAAGAAAGGAACAUUAUUAUGCUACAAUAAACCGUAUUCCACAACCCUGAUAGAUAAUAACCAUAAUAAAUAAGUUAAAUGGCGUUUAUCUGUAUUGUAUUUAUCUCCUAAAUGUCGACUGUAUUGAAUAUGGAAAACCCCC